UUUUUUGUCUUUGAGUUUGAGUUCAUAUUCAGUUUCUUUUAGCUGUUUGGCUCAUGUAGCUUUCUUCAUUGUGCUGUUGUUCCUACAACAGUCUGAUAGAGGUUUGGGUGUGGACGGCCGAGGUGCCUGUGGUUGGCGCCCGAGGGGGAUUUUGUAUAGCGAUUCCUCCUCGCGAUUGCCAUGUCGGCCAGUCUUGUUCAGCUGCUGACCAGCCGCUCGGCAUUAUGCACAUUGGGACAGUCAACACCACGUGUCCAGCCUGUUGCGGCCUUGGGACACAGUCUAGUUGGGCAGGUCCGUCACAAGCCUCACAAAGUCAUGAUACAUGGUACCAAGAAGACGGCGCCAGUGCGAGGCAUGAGGGCGAGAUUGUUCAAAGCAAAGCUGCCAAUGCGUACUGAACUUCAUCAGGUGCUGGAUGUUAUAAAGCCGCUUAAGAACCUACAUCCGGAUGAGCUUGCCAAAUUAAAGGACGAAAAUCGCUUUCUGCCUCGCUCCGCGGAGGCUGCUAUUCCUCUGAAGCCGCUGGAAGAGGGAGAAGUUGGCUUGACUGAACCAGCUGCUCGCGCCGAUUUCUUGAUCGACCAUACCCUUAUUAAUCAAAGGCUUAGAAAGCCACAUAUACUGAAGGACUCGCCGACGCUAGCGAAGUUUUCUGGUCUCCGUGUCCGGGCCACUGGAAGUGACAAGAUCGUCUUGGAGACGUUCAUAAAGGACGUCCGGCGAUUUGCAACCAUUAUCGGUGUUCCCCGACAAGGCAUGCUUGGCUUACCUGACCAGGAGAAGGAGGUCCGAGUUCUGAAAACUCGAAUCAGUGGAAAGCGCGAAACAAGGGUCGUGGCCUACAACCUUGACGUCUUCACUAGAACGAUACAGUUACCGAGCUUCCCUGGCUUUUAUACGGACAUUCUCACCAUGAUGUUGAUGAAGUAUGCCCCGGCUGGCAUUGACAUCGUCAUAGAAGUGAAAUCAACUGGUGCUGUAGGUGCAGCGUUUGCUACCAAGGACAUGAGAAGCACAGCUGCCAAGAUGGCCAAGAAGGCAAUGAAGGGCAGUGGCAAGAUGAGAGUCAUGUAGCUGCAGCACUAGGGCACAAACUCACCGUCGUUAUGCCCAGCUGGCGCUCCGUGUUUGCCGCCUCUUGUGUAUGGACACAAGCAGCAGAGGGUCACAGUGACCUUCUCUAUGUGAGGUGCUGCUGUGCUUGACCCAUUGGAGCAGCUUGCCAGCUUAAACCUAUUGGAGCGGCGUGCCAGCUUUCUGUCUCUCAUCUCCCUAGCAGUGCGAUACCGUGUGAUCGUGUCGUUAUCGGCUGGACCUCGAGUACAUUUUGCCUGCAUGCUCAUGCGCUGCUCGACUUGACGAUCGAUGGGUGUAGAUUUAUUCGAAUUUGUUUGAGACUGAA